AUGAAUGGUCUGAAGAUUCGUCUUUUCUGGUUCGCAGUCUUCAUGGUAAUUGCAUUUCCUGAAAUGCCGGUAUCAGCUGUUGAUCUGCAGAUAGAUGUACCUACUCGGCCGCAAUGCUUUGGGAUAUCUACAGGUCAGCACUUUGUCCUUGGCUUUUCUGACAACCAUAAUACGUAUUCUGAAACUAGGCAGCUAGCCAUUUUAGUGGUAGCCUUCAGGAAUCAGCAAACAUCAGUCACAAUCAGCAGCAAGUACCAAAUAGCUGGAAAACCAUUUCAGGAGAGCUUUGUUGUAGAGGCUGGAGGAUUUACACGAACUGUACUUCCUUCCGAGCUGGUGAUGGAUAUGACCGAAAGAAGCCUGAAGGGGAUCGAGAUUUCAGCAUCUUCCGAGGUGUCUGCGUACGGUCUGAUGCAUCAGCAUUUCACUACCGAUGGUUUUCUUUGUAUACCCACAAAUAAUCUCGGUAUGCAGUACGUACUGGUUAUGGGGUCUUCUAGCUUCCAAUCCCGAUUUUCUGUCAUAGGGUCAGAGGAUUCAACCUUAGUUCAAGUUACUUUACAUGGUCGUGUUACAUUUGAAGGAAAGGAUUAUGGUGUCGGUGAGUUGUUGAGUUUCAUGGUUGACAAGCUGGAAGCUGUUCAAAUCGAAGGAGAGACGGGACAAGACCUAACAGGAAGCAUCAUUCAAACUAACAAACCAGUUGCCGUUUUCAGUGGUCAUGAAUGUGUGACUAAUCCAGGGUCAAAUUGCGACACAUUAACUGAACAGCUUCUACCCGUCAAGAGUUGGGGGAAGAAACAUAUCUACACUUUAGCCGGAAGCAACGACAGAAAUAACUACAGAAUCGUUGCAUAUUUCACUGAGACAAUUGUCACGAUUCCGGGAUUUGGAAAUCAGUCCUUGGAUACGGGUGAGUUUUGGGAAGGCGAUUUAUAUGGUUCAGGGUUCGUGUCCUCCACUAAACCAACUCUCAUGAUGCAGCAGCUGGUUAAUGUCAAUGGUGCUCUGCGUGACCCUUCACUGAUACAGGUACCUGCUGUGGAACAGUUUUGGUUUGUCUUUGGGUUUACAACACCACCAUAUUCUGGAGGGGACUCGGAAGGCUUUUUCAAUUUCAUCAGUAUCAUUGUUAAAACCUAUGCACGUCAGACAGUGUACUUAAAUGGAUCACCAAUUAACAGGACCAGUGUAACGGAACAUAACGUACCCAACACUGACUAUACAUCGCUAACUGUCCAGUUGCCGAAAGGAGAAGGUUUGUACUUCGUCGAGCAAACAGAUUCUCAAAAUCCUCUUUCUGUCAUUGUGUAUGGGUAUGAAGAACGCGAAUCCUAUGGCUAUGCCGCUGGUCUGUCUCUCCCCAGCAAUAAACAUGUGCUGAGUUUGACACCGUACUAUUUGCGAGAACUUGGUGGCGAGCUUCUCACGAUGACUGUUCCCUGUUUGCAAACAAAUGCUAUAUCCUUUCAAAUUGCUGCAAAGUGCAAGUUUGCCACUGGCUUUGGAGACGUCAUUGUUUCUGGUGAACGCACUGACACUUACACUGUUGUCUGUAUCACUCCUACUUUUUACAAGAACGGACUUACAUCUGUCUAUGUAUCACUUGACGAUGGUGGAUCAUUUCCAUACUCCGGCAUUGUCUACGUUGCAUCUGAAGAGGAUCUGCCGCCACUCGUUCAAAUCCAACAGGUGAAUUCCGAGUAUGGAGAUGGCAUCAUUGACCUAACCUCAGAUGAUCCGAUCCUGUUCUCCUGGGAUCCUAGAAUUCUUGGUGAAGGUGUUUCACAUGUGACUGUUAUGAUGCAAGACACAGAUUACGACAGCGAUGGGAAUCCAGUCUUGAUGGAAGGUGUUACAGUGCAGAGCAAUGUCUUGAACAACGGUAGUCUGAUGAUACAUCCAAGCGACCUCCAAUCCCUCACCAGUGAUGGUUUGUCACUCGCAGCAUUUUAUCUUACUCCGUCUGGAAUAAGAAGACGAAGAAAUGUUGGAGCUUUGUUGCGGCGCCUAAGAUAUUAUGGUCCUGCAGCAAUUAUAGUUACUGCAAUCACCUGCGAAGUUUCAAAGUACCAGUUAAAGAAGACUGCGCCUACAGGACUGCCUCCAUGUCCUUGCAACACAGGACAAGCUGACCGAGACCUGAAUUUUCAGGAGGCCAAUUUUGCGAAUUUCUUCUUUCAUCCAGGUGCUGAUAACUGUUAUAGGUCUGUUAAUUCAUUGCCGACUGGAGCAGGUCAACAGUGCUGUUACGGGAAAGACGGUAACAUCCUGGUAGGUCCGCCUGGGGGAGGAACAGUCGACAGGUACAGUCCAGGAGAUCAUUUCUGGAAGCAUCAAUGGUUCGAUGUUCUUCCUUGGCUUUGCUUAUGCAAACUGUCAAACAACUGUAAAGAAUAUUACAAGUACAGGCCAUCGGAUGAUUGUUCUGACUACGACCCACCUCGACCGGCUGGGGGCACUGGGGAUCCUCAUCUGACAAGUCUGGAUGGCUACAAAUUCACUUUCAACGGAGCCGGGGAAUUUCUGAUGGCGUCAUCUGCAGUACAUAACUUAACCUUUCAAGCCCGUAUGGAGAGGUACCGCAACACCAAUGCCUCUGUGUACACGGCUUUCGUUCUUCAAGUGAACGAUUCUUCAAAAGUCCAGGUGCAGAUGUCUAACAUGAACGAGACACUGAUGCUUGUAGACAGUGAGCCGUUGCGUCUUGACUCAAUCCCCGUCAAAGUUCAUCACCUCAGAGGUGUUCGAAUCCGCUUCAACUCUGACAUGACCAAAAUCAGCAUAGCAUUCAGUGCUGGCAUCGCUGCCACCGUGUACAUGAAUACCGAGGUGAUGUCUUUCAUCGCUCAACUGGACACACAUUUCCAGGGUCAAGUUCAAGGACUUCUUGGAAACCUAAACGGAAACCCAGAUGACGAUCUUCAGUUCCCAAACGGAACCAUUCUGGAGCCCGGUUCUCCGCUGAAAGAACUUCAUGAGUUUGGCUUGAAGUGGUUGGUGGCUCCAGAGGAGUCCAUAUUCACCUACAUUUCCCCAUUUGACUACAGCACAUACCACUUUCCUAAGUUUUCCCCGACCUUCGAGGUUCCUGAUCUGAACCAAGUGAGUCAGGAAAUCAUGGACCUGUGUGGCGAUUCCAUUGAUUGCGUCUUUGAUGCGGUAAUCACCGGCAGCCUGUCUUUUGCUAACGAGACUCUUGUGGUGACAGUCACAAUAGCUGAAGUCAAGAAAGGAUUGGUCAAGAUUGUCAGCUGUGGCUACCCGGGUGAUGUGGAGAACGGGAUGGUCAGUGGGUCUGUGUAUCUCGUGAAUGCCACUGUGGAUGUGGCUUGUGAUGAUGGCUUCACAUUGAAUGGGUCUUCCAGAUUGACCUGUCUUGAGGAUGGUCAGUGGUCGUCUGAUCUCCCUGUUUGUGCUGGCAUAAAAAAUGGAGAGAAGGAAGGGCUAGCACCCGGCAUCAUAGCUGGUUUUGUUGUUGGUGCCGUGAUUGCUGUACUUGCAAUCUGUGGUCUGAUUUACAUUUUGAGGAGGAGAAACAUGAAGAGAAACAAGUACAAGGUGGUCCAUACGCGAAAUGUUUAUUUUUCUAAGACACAGCCAUGCAGUGACGAUUGA